AUGUCGUCUGCAUCACACGGUGAUCCUUCGUCCUCUACCACUCCUACUCACGCCGGCUCCACCCCCUCCUCUACCUCAGCCUCUUUCCCAGGAACCGACCCUCCAAACCACGACCACAAAGAGAACAACAGCUCCCACAGUCCUCCCUUCCAUCAAUCCGCGGCCUCCUACUUCUCCUAUCCUGUCACACACGUCGUCUCCGGCCUCUACCGCCGCCUAACAGAUCCCCCAGCGAACAAUAACAACGGCACCAUGAUGUCCCGACUACGCCGCAACAACCCGGACCCAUCCUCGUCGUCCUCGUCCAUUUCCUCCCAAGCACAAAUCUUCACGCCCGUGCGCACCGUCUCCCCUUUUCAACCCCCGCCCUUGACGCCUCUUACCCUCCUCACAAACGAGGAACACUCAUACGAAAACACCUUGCACCCGCAAAACCAGCUCCUCACCCGCGCCCUCGCCGAGGAAAUCCGCUUACUCGUCCCGCCCCGUCUCCAGCUCGUCGACACAUGGCGUUUAGCAUAUAGUCUCGACCGGGACGGCGCCUCCCUCUCAACUCUUUACGAAAACUGCCGCGCGCUCUCGAACCGCAGCCCGAGGGCCGGCUAUGUGCUCAUCAUCCGCGAUGCUUCACCCUCCGCAUCCUCCGUCUUUGGCGCCUACAUGACAGAUCCCCCGCACCCGAACUCGCACUACUUUGGUACAGGCGAAUGCUUCCUAUGGAGAGCUAGCGUCCUCCCACCACCAUCAACAGCCUUCUUCUCAGCAGACGGCGGAAUCCCCGACGAAGAAGCCCUCGAGAAAGCCGGGCUACCGCCCCCGCCGAGCGCAGACACGACGAACGUCGGUCGAUCAACGACGCUACGAGGCGAAAAGCUUCAAUCGAAGCCAAUCGCCCCGCAUACGCAUGUCCUCGCUCAAACCCGGUCAUCAAACAGCGGCACAUCUACGCCCGACCGCAUCCGCUUUAAAGCGUUCCCGUACAGCGGAGUAAACGAUUACAUGAUGUUUUGCGAAACUGGGUUUUUGAGUCUAGGCGGAGGGGACGGCCAUUACGGCCUGUGGGUCGACUCCAGCAUCGAGAAGGGAGUCAGCGCCUCCUGCCAAACGUUCGGCAACGAGCCGCUCUCGGACGAGGGUGUGAAAUUCGAUGUCAUCGGCGUCGAGGUGUGGUAUGUCGGUUCUUGA